AUGGCCCAGAUUCCCGGCCAAGAGGAUAAAGAGAAAACAACUGCACUGAAAGGUGAGCAACUAGGUAAAUGGUAUUGCCUUCCUUGUACAGUACCCUGAAAAUGUUGUCUUUCACUGUGCACACUCACAGCUCGAAAGUAAUUGGUAAACAAGUGAAACUUGUAUUCCUUGUUGUCCAAGGUAUUGUGUGUUAUCAGGGCGAGUGGAGACUUGUGAAAAGUGCUAGUUGUGGAGGUGAUUUCAUCAUAACUAUCUUCAGCCCGCUCCUACUGUCAGCUAGGUCUACUGUUUGCAGAGAGGAUUUUAGUCUAUGAGAGUAGGAAGGACUUUAGUCUGAUCCUGCUAAAGGGAGAAAUGUGCUUGCUCUCUUAAUCUCUAGCCUAUAGGCUACGGUCUUUCUCCUCUCAACAACCCCUUUUGUCUUUCCACAGUUUCCAGUAAAAAUGGGACACACAUAGCCAUGUUUGAAUUUAGUGGUUAAGCCUAGGCCUAUUUAGGAUGCUUUCCCCUCUUUUCCCUAUGAAGGCUAAACACCAACCAUCUAUAUGGAACAGCUCGGGAGACUAUUAAAGGGGCAAUUUGUAGUUCAAACGAUGUUUGUUUGUUAAACAGCUGAGGGAUGGGCUGGAGCAAUGUAACCACUCUUAGGGCCCUAUAAAAUCUGUAUUGUGUAGAAUGCGGACGGAAUCAAGGAGUCCAGACAUUAAAACAGAAUUCAACAAUAUUCAAAAAUCGAUUGAACUUAGGAAGUAAAUGUAUUGAACUUAUACUGAACAAAAAUAUAAAUGCAACAUGUAAAGUGUAGGUCCCAUGUUUCAUGAGAUAGAAUAAAAGAUCCCAGAAAUGUUCCAUAAGCACAAAAAGCUUAUUUGUGUGUGCAUGCUUGUCUGCACGUUGUGUAGCCGUUAGCAAUGAUGCUAAUUAUAACCUUCUGGUAGAGAUGGUAAGGCUUUCCCAAAAACCUUCUCAAUUAAAUUUGUACUACAAAGUAGCCUAUGCCUACCUGGCAGAAUGAUAUCAUAAUUAUUUGCGUCAAGUGGCCAUUUGUUUAGCAAACUCUGCAAUCACAUGAGUGCUGCAGAAAUACCACUAACCAGAACUUUUGCUUAGACCAUGGUUUAAACUAGUGGUACUCAACUCUUACACAAUGAGGUCCGGAGCCUGCUGGUUUUCUGUUCUACCUGAUCAUUAAUUGCACACACCUGGUGUCCCAGGUCUAAAUCGGUCCCUGAUUAGAGGGGAACAAUAAAAAAAUGCAGUGGAACUGGCUUCGAGGUCCAGAGUUGCGUUUGAGGGGUUUAAACCAUUGGUCUAAAAUGGCUAGCUGCUAGUUUUUCUCAUAGGCCAACCUGGCCAAAUUAGCCACGAUGCUGAGGACAACCAACUGAGCAGAUAAUUAUAUUUGGUAACACAUUCCAUCUCAGCCAAUUAAAAUUGUCCUCAUAGUUGGAUGUGAUCCAACACUUUUUCACUAAAGCAUCCUUAACAGAAGUCCACCAGCACGUUCUGAUACUCAAAAUAACUUAAUCACAUAGAAAAGUGGCUGGACAAUUAGCUCAUAGUGUAAGAUGCCUAGUUCCUGACACUUUUUAACACUUGCAACGCAAGUUCAAAUCCUCCGUGGGGUCAUCAUUUUUGCUUUGACAUGUGGACUUGCAUUCAUUGUGGUUUUGUGUUGAGGAGGAAAGUGCAGUCAAAUGAAGAUUAAGAAUUAAUUUAAUAAGUAGCUUGAACUUUAUUCAGCAUUCUUCAAAAACACAAAGCUAGGGCCUAAUGACAUCUUCGCAUAUAAGGCUCCAUGGACGUGUACACUUGCCUACAUGCAGGUUACACCUAAAAUGUUUUAUAUGUGUUUUAUCAUUAUUAUCUAGCCUACCUUGUCUCACAUGUAAGAAAGUGUAAAUUGACUGGUUUGGCUAGGUUCACCAAGUGUCCAGUAGAGGGUGCAACACUCCUCUUUCUAUUCUGGUUAGAGCCAGUUUGCGAUGUUCUGUGAAGGGAGUAGUACACAGCGUUGUACGAGAUCUUCAGUUUCUUGGCAAUUUAUCACAUGGAAUAGCCUUCAUUUCUCAGAACAAGAAUAGACUGACGAGUUUCAGAAGAAAGUUAUUUGUUUCUGGCCAUUUUGAGCCUGUAAUCGAACCCACAAUUGCUGAUGCUCCAGAUACUCAACUAGUCUCAAGAAGGCCAGUUUUAUUGCUUCUUUAAUCAGCACAACAGUUUUCAGCUGUGCUAACAUAAUUGCAAAAGGGUUUUCUAAUGAUCAAUUCGCCUUUUAAAAUGAUAAACUUGGAUUAGCAAACACAACGUGUUAUUGGAACACAGGACUGAUGGUUGCUGAUUAUGGGCCUUUGUACGCCUACAGUUGAAGUCGGAAGUUUACAUACACCUUAGCCAAAUGCAUUUAAACUCAGUUUUUCACAAUUCCUGACAUUUAAUCCUAGUAAAAAUUCCCUGUCUUAGGUCAGUUAGGAUCACCACUGUAUUUUAAGAGAAUUAUUUCCUUCACAUUCCCAGUGGGUCAGAAGUUUACAUACAUUAGUAUUUGGUAGAAAAAAAAAACGAAGUAUCCGCGGCGGUAACAUGGCGUCCACGUUUGCGAUUUUGGACCAUGUGGCCCCGAUAAGAGAAACAGUGCAGCUAGCAAGGAAAAAUAUGUUGCAGCAGUGAACGAAACAAAUUUACCCGUCUAUGUAUUCAGCCACCUUUCUCAAAACAAUUUGUCUUCUGUACACGUCUUCUCAAAGUGUGUUGAAAUGCCCGUGAAGUGCUAGCUAACAUGUAUCUAAUAGCCUAGAUUGCUAACGUUAGUAAGCUAGUUGCAAUAUACCUGCCCGGGCACAGGCCACGAAUGCUAGCGGGCUAACUUGGCCAGUUAGCUAGUACAAAUACACAUCUCAUAGCUAAUUAUCCUCUCCAGAAACAUGUUCGCUGCAAUCCUGUUGUCAAUCCUGAAACGAGUAGCUGGUUUGUUAUCUAAAAGUAGUAGGCGUUUGCAACGCCAGGGUUGUGGGUUCGAUUCCCACGGGGGGCCAGUAUAAAAAAAAUAUGUAUUCACUAACUGUAAGUCGCUCUGGAUAAGAGCGUCUGCUAAAUGACUAAAAUGUAAAUGUAAAAAAAAUGGUAGCAUUGCCUUUAAAUUGUUUAACUUGGGUCAAACGUGUCGGGUAGCCUUCCACAAGCUUCCCACAAUAAAUUGGGUGAAUUUUGGCCCAUUCCUCCUGACAGAGCAGGUGUAACUGAGUCAGGUUUGUAGGCCUCCUUGCUCGCACAUGCUUUUUCAGUUCUGCUGCCCACAAAUGUUCUAUAGGAUUGAGGUCAGGGCUUUGUGAUGGCCACUCCAAUACCUUGACUUUGUUGUCCUUAAGCCAUUUUGCCACAACUUUGGAAGUAUGCUUGGGUUCAUUGUCCAUUUGGAAGACCCAUUUGCGACCAAGCUUUAACUUACUGACUGAUGUCUUGAGAUGUUGCUUCAAUAUAUCCACAUAAUUUUCCUUCCUCAUGAUGCCAUCUAUUUUGUGAAGUGCACCAGUUCCUCCUGCAGCAAAGCACCCCCACAGCAUGAUGCUGCCACCCCCGUGCUUCACGGUUGGGAUUGUGUUCUUCGGCUUGCAAGCAACCCCCUUUUUCCUCCAAACAUAACAAUGGUCAUUAUGGCCAUUAUGGCCAAACAGUUCUAUUUUUGUUUCAUCAGACCAGAGGACAUUUCUCCAAAAAGUACGAUAUUUGUCCCCAUGUGCAGUUGCAAACCGUAGUCUGGCUUUUUUAUGGCGGUUUUGGAGCAGUGGCUUCUUCCUUGCUGAGCAUCCUUUCAGGUUAUUUCGAUAUAGGACUCGUUUUACUGUGGAUAUAGAUACUUUUGUACCUGUUUCCUCCAGCAUCUUCACAAGGUCCUUUGCUGUUGUUCUGGGAUUGAUUUGCACUUUUCGCACCAAAGUACGUUCAUUUCUAGGAGACAGAACGCGUCUCCUUCCUGAGCGGUAUGACGGCUGUGUGGUCCCAUGGUGUUUAUACUUGCGUACUAUUGUUUGUACAGAUGAACGUGGUACCUUCAGACGUUUGGAAAUUGCUCCCAAGGAUGAACCAGACUUGUGGAGGUCUACAAUUUUUUGAAUGAGGUCUUGGCUGAUUUCUUUUGAUUUUCCCAUGAUGUCAAACAAAGAGGCACUGAGUUUGAAGGUAGGCCUUGAAAUACAUCCACAGGUACACCUUCAAUUGACUGAAAUGAUGUCCAUUAGCCUAUCAGAAGCUUCUAAAGUCAUGAGAUCAUUUUCUGGAAUUUUCCAAGCUGUUUAAAGGCACAGUCAACUUAGUGUAUGUAAACUUCUGACCCACUGGAAUUGUGAUACAGUGAAUUAUAAGUGAAUAAUAAUAAAUAAUAAUAAUAAUAUGCCAUUUAGCAGACGCUUUUAUCCAAAGCGACUUACAGUCAUGCGUGCAUACAUUUUUGUGUAUGGGUGGUCCCGGGGAUCGAACCCACUACCUUGGCGUUACAAGCGCCGUGCUCUACCAGCUGAGCUACAGAGGACCACAAGUGAAAUAAUCUGUCUGUAAACAAUUGUUGGAAAAAUUACUUGUGUCAUGCACAAAGUAGAUGUCCUAACCGAGUUGCCAAAACUAUAGUUUGUUAACAAGAAAUUUGUGGAGUGGUUGAAAAACAAGUUUUAAUGACUCCAACCUAAGUGAAUGUAAACUUCCGACUUCAACUGUAUGUAGAUAUUCCAUUAAAAAUCAGCCGUUUCCAGCUACAAUAAUAUUAAGUGUCUACACUGUAUUUCGGAUCAAUUUGCUGUUAUUUUAAUGGGCAAAAAAUUGCUUUUCUUUCAAAAACAAGGACAUUUCUAAGUGACCCCUCCUUAUAAGACACAUUGUUGAAGAAACAUUUCUAAUUAAAUCACGCUAGGUUUAUGGUAUUUUUUUUGCAUUUUGCACAAUGAUUUUGCACUACGAAAAUGUCGCCCUCUGUGUUUUAGCAAGGCUGAGUGCAAAUGUAGCUAAUAUAGAUUUUCUGUGUCCCUCCCCACACCUGGCCCAGACCUGUUGUCCAGGAUAGACCUAGACGAACUCAUGAAGAAAGAUGAACCUCCGCUCACUUUCCCCAAGACACUUGAGGAGUUUGAGUAUGCCUUCAACGAGCGUAAGUCAUAUCAUUUAAUAUUAUGAUUAUUAUAAUUUAUAUUAUGUAUGUAUGGAUUAUUUUAUCACAGGUGGAGGCCUGGUGUCUUUGGCUCUUAAUAUUCCCCCAGUUGCCUCUCUCUCUCUCUCUCUCUCGCUUUCUCUCCCCCUCUCUCUCUUUCUCUCCUGCGCUGUUCUCUCGCUCUCUCUGUCACAGUCUCUGCUGACUGUGUGGCUGUACUGGGGCUGAGAACAUGUUGUGUACUAUACGGCCUGUCAGUAACCUACUCAGCCUUGCGCUCAAUCUGACGGAGGAUUUGCAUAACCUUGCUGCUGUUAAGAACAGUCCCGGACUGCCACUUCUGAGGAGCCUGCCUGGGUGUCUGUCUUCACUCUCCUCUCCAAGAAUAUCAUUUCUAUUCAAACUAAAGUCCUUCCGGCUCAGUGUGGAGAUAGAUCAGUGCUGCCAUGACUGGAGGGCAUUCUUCACUCCAACACCCAAGUUAGCCUACGUCUAUAUAGUGUAAAAAGAAAUAUGAAAUGAAUAUAUAAGAGGCUCUAUACAGUUGAUACAGGUAUCUUAAUUAUAAAGAUGAUGGCUUCAUCACAGUAGCCCUCCGGUUUUCCAUUACUGGAAAUUCAAGGUUAUGUACACCUAAUUAAGCUCCAAAAUUGAGCACCGCAUGCUAAUUAUGCUAGAAAAGGGGAGAAAAGUUGAGGAAACAUAAUCCUCUGAGAGGCUGUGUUGUGGAGGCGAUGGAGCUGAACUCUCGUAUACACACACACACACAGACACACACACACACACACACACUGUUGUUUAGUAGAUCUCUUCUCUCACUACCGUGAAUGCAUAAUUGAUAUCUUCAAGGUACUUUUCUGCGGGCGCCUUUUCAAACUGAUACACCCCCCCCCCCUCCCCCGCGCCCAUCUCGUAGGCACAAGCUGGCUAUUAGUUCUCCAUGUUGACGAACAGCCUUUUCGGUGCUAAAUGUUGUCUAACAGCUAACGAUGAAAGCAAAAUGUUGUAAUGCUCGGCGAGUAAGCAGUGUAAGAUUUAUCACACGAUAACAGAGUGUAAAGUGGUGCAAUUUAGGGGGAGAUGAAAAUGCUUAUGCAAUCUUUUAUCUUAACAAUAUGCUUUUUUUGCCGGGGUUUGCCGUUGUGGAAUAAUUGAGAAAGUAUGAGACCCUCCGGCUAUUUGGGUUGUAUACUUUGAGUAUUUCAGCAUUAUGCGUUUUGCAGUCGUAGAGGUCACAAUUUAACACUGAUUUGUGCUUUGUUAUGUUGCAGUGUCAACAGAAGGAUAGAUGGCCUCAUUGUAAACCUCUGUAUUUGGAGGCGUUAAACAGACGCAGGGAUAAUUGUUUAGCUUGAAAAAGUUACUAGUCUAGAAUUGCUCUCUCCCUCAUCACAUUAUUCUCUGCUUGUUCCUCAUUUAGCUGUUAUUGUAAAAUGAACCUGGGCUCUGAAAAUAAACACAGGUGUUCUCCCCUGUAAACUCUAAAUAUGCGUUUGUGUUCCUAGUUUCCACUCAAUGAUUCAAACACUUUUGCCGUAAUGUAACUCCUAAUGUACUACCCCUUUAGCGCGCACAUACACUGCACCCAGUCGCUCCCCGCUGGCUAGGCCUGGUAGAGAGGAGUGGCAUUGGAGUGGUGUGGAGAGUGACCAGGGUCAAUGAGAGUGAAGGCUGA